UACACGAGUUGGGAAAUGGCAGUGUUUAUACAUGCAUAUUCUUAUAAGGGCAUUUAUUGCAUAUAGUUUGAUAUAGUCUAUGAGCUAAGAUAUCGGUCAGACUGUACUGCACAUCGUUAGUCUUGCGUUUUUUUGUCUUUUUUUAAUUUUUCUAUUUUUGCCUCGUAGUAGUUGUACGUUUUGGUAAAGCCUCGCGCUGACUUUAACAACCAGGAAUGAUGUCAAAAUCAACCAAGUGGGACAGAAACGAUUCGGAUGAAUCAAAAAACCUACCGAUUUAUCAACACAAGACCAAGCUCAUUCAGGCCGUCAAAGACGGCACAUUCCUUGUUGUAACUGGAGAGACUGGGAGUGGGAAAACUACACAACUUCCACAAUAUUUGCACGAAGCAGGUUAUUGGGGAGCUGGUAAAAUUGGCGUCACCCAGCCCAGGCGGGUGGCAGCUAUCACAGUGGCUCAGAGAGUGGCCAAGGAGAUGAGAUGUACCGUUGGAAGAGAGGUUGGCUACCAAGUACGCUUUGAUGACUGCACAUCUCAGGACACGGUAGUGAAGUACAUGACAGACGGCUGUUUACUCAGAGAAAUCCUGGCAGACCCUGGGCUUUCACAGUAUAGUGUUGUGAUUUUGGAUGAAGUCCACGAACGGAGUCUCAAUACAGAUAUUCUCCUCGGUUUAUUGAAGAAAGCCUUUUCCAACCCUAAAAAGGGCACUGAAGGCCGCUCACGCCCACUGAAAGUUGUGGUGAUGUCAGCCACCUUGGAAACUGAUAAACUUUCUGCCUUCCUUGGCCACUGCCCUGUCUUUACUAUUCCUGGGAGGACCUUCCCUGUCAAAUGCAAGUUUGGCUCUGCCAUUGGUCCCAAAGACAAGGACAGCUCCAGCUAUGUUAAAGAGGUUGUGAAGGUGGCUCUUGAUGUGCACACCAGUGAAGUAGCUGGGGAUAUUCUUGUGUUUUUAACAGGUCAGUCAGAGAUAGAGAAAGCCUGUGACAUGCUGUAUGAGAAGGCAGAAGCCAUAGACUACCGCUAUGAUGUACAGGACCAAACUGUGGAUGGUCUUCUUAUUUUGCCCUUAUACGGAGCCAUGCCCACUGAUCAACAAAGGCAGAUCUUUCAGCCUCCUCCUCCUGGCAUAAGAAAGUGUGUGGUAGCUACCAACAUCGCAGCAACAUCUCUUACUAUCAAUGGCAUUAAGUACAUUAUUGAUAGCGGGUUUGUGAAACAGCUCAACCAUAAAUCGAGGGUAGGCAUGGAUAUCUUGGAGGUGGUGCCUAUUUCAAAGAGUGAGGCACAGCAGAGAGCAGGCAGAGCUGGGAGAACUUCAGCGGGGAAAUGCUUUCGAAUCUACAACAAGGAAUUCUGGGAGAAGUGCAUGCCAGAAUAUACUGUCCCAGAAAUCCAGAGGACCAGCCUCACUGCAGUAGUACUCACACUCAAGUGCCUGGGAGUUCAUGAUGUCAUCAGGUUCCCGUACCUGGACCAUCCAGAGGAGAGGUUUAUCCUAGAAGCGCUGAAACAACUCUACCAAUUCGAUGCCAUUGAUAGGAGAGGUAAAGUGACUCAGUUGGGGGAGCUGAUGGUUGAGUUCCCCCUCCAUCCAGGGCUCGCCAGGGCCUUACUCAAAGCAGCUUCUUACGGCUGCCAUGACCUGCUUCUCCCAGUAGCUGCCAUGCUGUCUGUUGAAAACAUCUUUAUUCGGCCAGGCCACCCAGAGAAGCAGAAUGAGGCAGAUGAGAAGCACAGGCAGCUGGCUGCCGAGGCAGGCAGUGUUAAUGACUUUGCCACACUACUCAAUGUGUUUCAGCUGUGUAAAUUAAGUGGUUUUCCCUCAACAUGGUGUAAAGAUAAUUGGAUCCACUGGAGGGCACUCAAGACAGCAUUCAGUGUGGAGACUCAGCUCCGAGAGAUCCUCCUUCGACUCCAACAGAAGAGAGAUUUCCCAUCAGAAGUGUUUACUGGAAAUAAGAGUGAACUCUUCAGACAAUGUCUCUGCACAGGAUACUUCACUAAUGUUGCCAGAAGGUCUGUCGGAAAAGUGUUUUGCACAAUGGAUGGUCAUGGAUCCAUGGUUCAUAUUCAUCCGUCAUCAUCGCUAUUUGAUCAGGAGGCGGAGUUGGACUGGAUCAUCUUCAAUGAUGUGCUGGUGACCUCUAGGGUUUACAUCAGGACGGUGUGCCCCAUUCGUUAUGAGUGGGUGAAAAGCCUAUUGCCCAAGCUCUAUGAGGUAGACGUCUAUGAGCUGAGCAGUGUGGCGAGGGAAGAGGUGACUGAUGAGGAGGUGGCAAAAUGGGAGACCAGGGAGACAGCAAAAAGACAAACAGAGGGGUCAACUGAGGAUGCCAUGAAGAAGCUUGAGAAGCGAAACAACGAUAGCAGUGUUAGUGAUGCCCGUGCUCGGUACUUGCAGCGAAAGCAAGCGAGACAACAAAGUAAAUUGGUAUGACGGAGAAGAACUUGGGACUCAAAUUAUCAGGGUGCUGUUCAGAGGACAUUGACAAUAUAUAAAAAAAAAUUAUUCAAGAUUUGAUCUGGAAAAAAAAGUGUGAAUAAAGAUUUAUUUUUGCAUUUCUGACAUUACUUGUCACUUAAUCCUCACAUGAUGUGCUUUUUUUUUACCACGCAGGUGCAGUGGUCCUUUUGUAGUCUCAUAUGUGCUGUUUGUAUUCCCAUGGUGGUGAUGGAGAAGCAACGACCCUUCGAUCUAUUGUUUCUUAAAUGGGUUCAUUGCUCAAGGCUUUGUAUAAAACGAUUUCAGAUUAAAUUAUG